AUGAAUGGGAUAAAGACCCGUAAAGAAGUAGUGCUUAUGCAGGGAUGUUCUGUGGCUUCUUUUCGGCGGGGAUUCUAUUGCUUAUAUGGCUUAGGUGAAUUUGUAUUUUCUGUGGAUGUUGUCGACAUGGUUCUCAAUAACAUGAAUCUGUCAAUGUGUACGCUUGGUCUUAUGUGGCUGUCUGAGAAAAAGCCCUACUGGCCAAUCAAAGGCAGCAGAAGGGCUAUCCUUGCUGCAGUAGCACUUUUGAUUAAGAAAGCUCUUGCCGCGUACCCGUUCGCCCACGAGAUGCCCUUCAUCACCAUAGCAACGCCAGGUGUGGACUACCGCCAGAGCGCUGUCCUCGGCAACGUCUUGAAUCCUUCUUACGCUCCUAACUACAUGCAGUCUUACCCAGCACCUAUGAGCAUGCUCCACCGCUUCACGAACACGAUUCAACACAUCAUGUUUGCCGUAAACUGGCGACAUUGGAGCAUUGUUCCGGCCGUACAGAAGGAGAUCUCGGCCCAGUUCCCGGACCUCCCGCCAUUGCUGGACAUUGAGCGCAACCAGAGCCUUACCUUGAUGAACUCCCACUUCACAAUGAACGAUGUUCUGCCUCUGCUGCCGUCCCAGGUGGAAGUGGGGGCCAUGCACUGCCGUCCUGGCAAGCCCCUCCCUGAGGUUUUAACGGGAAUCGGUCUGAAGGAUCUUCUGCGCAUGCGUAUUUUCGCGUUUCUCGCCGCCAGUUUUGACAGUGGAUUCGCGGGUAGUCGGUGGCAGAGAGCCGACACGUAUCCUACAGGAUUUAGAGUCGUGGAUCAGUGGCGCAGGAUCAGAGGGCGUCGUGUACUUCAGUCUCGGCUCCGUGGCUCAGGGUCAGUCGAUGCCCACGAAGUACCGAGAUAUGUUCGUGAGGCCUUCAAGCAGCUCAAACAGCGAGUCAUCUGGAAGUACGAGGAGGCGCUGGAGGGCAUCUCUGACAACGUGCUAAUGCGGAAGUGGCUGCCGCAGCAGGAUAUUCUCGGAAACAGGCACUCAGGAGUCCUUCUACCACUCUACGCCAGUCCUCGCAAUCCCCAUCUUUGCGGAUCAGCCCAAGAAUGGCAUGAACAUACAGAACAACGGCCUCGGGCUGAUGCUUGUGUGGAGGAGUUGACGGUCGAGCUCAUCGUCAACAGUCUCCAGGAAAUUAUCUCGAAUCCCAAAGACAUGGUUUCUGCACAUUCCUUGAGGCCUCAGAGCCUCACUGACAGCGAGCCCUCAACCGCAGGUACAAAAGCCAGGGCCGCAGAGGUGCGGGCUCCCCUCCGCGACCAGCCCGAGAGCCCGAAGGAUCGGGCGGUGUUCUGGACCGAGUACGUGAUCCGGCACAAGGGCGCCCCCGGCUGCGGUCUCCGGCGGCGACGCUGUC